AUGUCGGGGGUGGCGGGUACUAAAGGAGGAGAGGAGACAGGGCAGGGCCAGAUGCCCCUGAUGAGGAGCCCACUCGGGUCUGGGGGCCUUGGAGCCCUUCUGGGCCCCAGUGUCCAGGCCCCUGGCUCUGAAUCUGGACCCGGUCGCCUGGUGCGGAGGCCGCCUCCCCCGCCCCAGACGACGGGCGUGGCCCUCCGCACCUCCCGAGGAGGAGCCUGGCGCCAUUUUGAGCUCUUUACCCCGGGCAACCGGCUGCGUCCCACGGUGUUCCUGGGGGAUCCAGACGCCACCGCCUGCCACUGGGGAGCCCAGAUGUCCGGCCCCCAGUCCCUGCCCCUCUGGAGACUGAGCUUGGCGGCCAGCGUGGGCUCUCGGGAUCCCCUCGCCAAGGCAGCCACGCUCUCCCCGCAGGGACGCCGGGCAGCCACGCCACCCGGCGCUGUGUGGGACAUGAGCGCCGUUGCCCCCCAGGGGCCCGCAGCUGGACAGCCCCGAGCAGGCUGGCCCAGAGGGCUCAAGGCAGCCACCGUGAGAUUCUGGGCUACUUGCCCUUCCUUGUCCACCAUCUACUUCCUCUUUGUCAUCUUUGCCGGGUCCACCAUUUUCCACUGCCUCCAGCACCUGGCCCGGGUGCCCGCCCCCUGGGCCUACCCGGGCCGCGUGGUCCUGUUCCCCAGACACCUGCUGGGGGGCAUGUCCACCAUCAACUCCAAAGGCCGCCUGGGGAACCAGAUGGGGGAGUACGCCACCCUGUACGCCCUGGCCAAGAUGAAUGGGCGGCCGGCCUUCAUCCCGCCCCAGAUGCACAGCACGCUGGCCCCCAUCUUCAGAAUCACCCUCCCCGUCCUGCACGACACCACGGCCAGCAGGAUCCCCUGGCAGAACUACCCCCUGAACGACUGGAUGGAAGAGCGGUACCGACACAUCCCGGGAGAGUACGUGCGCCUCACCGGCUACCCCUGCUCUUGGACCUUCUACCACCACCUCCACGCCGAGAUCCUCCAGGAGUUCACCCUGCACGACCACGUGCGCGAGGAGGCCCAGAAUUUUCUGCGGGGUCUGCAGGUGAAUGGGAGCCGGCCGAGCACCUACGUAGGGGUCCACGUGCGCCGGGGGGACUACGUCCACGUUAUGCCCAACGUGUGGAAGGGCGUGGUGGCCGACCGGGGCUACCUGCAGCAGGCCCUGGACUGGUUCCGGGCUCACUACCGCAGCCCACUCUUCGUGGUCACCAGCAGCGACAUAGCCUGGUGCCGGCAGAACGUCAACAGCUCCCUCCGGGUCGUGGUGUUUGCCAACAACGGCCUGCAGGGCUCACCCGCCAGGGACUUUGCACUAUUCGCGCAGCGUAACCACACUAUCAUCACCAUGGGCACCUUUGGGAUCUGGGCCGCCUGCCUCACUGGUGGGAACACCAUCUACCUGCCCAACUUCCCCUUCCACGUGGUCUUUAAGCCCCAGGUGGUCUUCCUGCCGAAGUGGGUAGGCACCGCAGCCAACCUGGGGCAGGCUAGAGAGAAUGGCCCCUAGCCCCGCUCAUGUCCCGGCCUCACCCUUGGGCCCAACAGCACUGUGUGGGGUGCA